CAGUGACAGCCAUAAGGGGUAUACAUAAAGGUCAAAAUAAGCAGCAAAUACAGAAUGAGCUGGACUGCGCAUAAGGACUUUGUCAUAUUUGUCAUCUUACUCUUCGGUUUUCAAGUGUCCCAGAGUGGGGAGGUGAGUGAAUGGGGAGGGAAAUACGCUCAGGAGACCAUCUGUGGUCUGACAGGAACCACAGUGAUACUCAACUGCUCCUUCUGGUACCCACAAAUGCACAACGACCAAAUCACAAAGGUCGAAAGGACACUGUGGUUCACGAAAGGUGCCAACGAUCAACCUGAAGAUCUGAGGAAGGACUCCAAGUACACUGAUCGUCUAGACCUAAACUGUCAAGUCAACUGGUGCACUUUGUCAAUCAGAGAGCUGAGAAAGAGCGACGAGGGCAAAUACAAGUUCAGAUUCAUAACGAACGCGACCGGAGGACAAUACACUGUCACGUCUGGAGUCACUCUGAAAGUCACUGAUCUCACUAUACAAAAGCCAAUUUGGAAAAAAUUGAGUUGUCACAGUGAGUGCCGUUUGGACUCUCCUUCGUACAUUUGGUAUGAGAAUGGAAAGAAAAUACCAAACUUGAACUCCAAAAAGACCAUUUCACCAGUAGAUUACCGCAGCUACUCCUGUGCUUUAAGAGGACACGAACAGCAUUUGUCUCCUCCAGUGUGUUGGGGCCAUCCAUGUGACAAGGUGGAUUAUGACCACAAAAAUAUCUGCGCCCUCAAAGGCUCCGAUGUGGACAUUACUUGCACUUACAGCCACCACAAGACGGUACGGGAAAAGUCCUGGUUCCGCCCAGACAAUGGCAACACUUGGAAUGUUCCAUCAGUGUCUACGACAUGGCAGUUGUACCACCGGUAUUUCACUCAUGAUAGCAGGUCACAAUCAUAUCUACGAAUCAUAAAUGUGACAGAGAGUGAUUCUGCAGAGUAUCGCUUCACAUUCUCAGAAUGGGGAAGCGAUUUACCUGGAACAACAUUGACAGUAACAGCUGCGCAGGUGCAGGUGAUCAAGGCCGAAAACAAAGAUUCUUACACGGUCGCUUCGCUGUCCUGUCACACAAGUUGCAGUCCUGCAUCAUAUUCGUAUUGGUGCUGGGUGAAGGAUGGACACGAAAAUGUUGGCUGUCCAACUUGGAAAAAAGAACAGCAAAUCACUUUACAUCCAGGAGAAUACAUCACCUGUGCUGUUGGAAAUAAUCCUUUAAGUUUCUCUCCUCCAUUGUAUGCUCUGGAAGCCCCCAGAGUGCUCUUGAGUAAUAAAAGUGAUAUCUUGGAGGGUGAUCUACUGACUCUUACCUGCAUAGCUGACACUCCAACAUCAUCGAGACACCGCUGGUACAAGAAAUGCAGAACGUCAGACUGUGAGGUCAUGAGAUAUGGAGAAAAGCUGGUAUUCAGCUCCAUCCAGUCUUCAGAUUCAGCUGAGUAUUUUUGUGCUGUGGAGAAUGAUCUGGGGGAGAAGAUGUCGCAAUCCGUCGUAAUUAAUGUGAAAUAUGCUCCAAGGUUCGCUACUUUGCGGGUGAGUCCAUCAAAUGUCACCGAGGGACAGCCAGUGAAUCUUACCUGCAGCAGUGAUGCUAACCCAGCUGCUAGCUACACCUGGUACAAGGACCAAACUAUGCUUCAGGGUUCAGAAAGAAAUCCCUACGUUUUUAACUCCACAAGCGCUGAAGAUGCUGGAAGCUAUUACUGCAAGGCCCACAAUAAAUAUGGAAACGUCAUCUCUUCACAGGUGGUCCUAGACAUCCAAUACAUUCCUCGGCUACCAAGAAUCUCAGCGAGUCCCUCUUCUAACGUCACCAUGGGUUAUUCAGUCAGAUUGACGUGUACAAGUGAUGCUAACCCCGCCGCCAGCUACUCUUGGUUUAAGGACCACCAGGAGUCUCCCAAGUCCACAGAAGCCAUGUUCAACAUCAUCAACUUCCAAAAGGAAGAUGAGGGCGAGUAUCACUGCGUGGCCCGGAACUCCAAAGGAAGCCGGAAUGCCACAGUCCUGCUAUUUGCAAAGGCUGGUUCACUAACAGCAGUGGCUGUUGGUUGUGCCAUGGCCGGCAUCCUGCUGAUCCUACUUUUGGUCACCGUCCUGCUGCUUUGGAAAAAGAUAAACCCAAAAGGCAGGACACACUCGAAAUCUCAGUCAAACACGAGAGAAGACAGCAGCAGAGAUCAACAGGAUGAGCUGGUGUACUCCAUGGUGGCGUUCCCCGGACCCUCUCCAAUCUACUCCAAUGUCACCAAUGCCAUGAGGGUCCCGGACGUGGAUCUAGACGGAAGUGUGGAGUACGCAGCCAUCAAAUGUGGCGGCAAAGCCACAGGAUGCGAGGCAUCAAGGUCAUAUACUGUAAGUUGCAAAUACAGAAUGAGCUGGACUGCCCAGAAGUACAUUGUCAUACUUGUCAUCUUGCUCUUUGGCUUCCAAGAUGCUCUGGAAGCCCCAAGGGUGCUAAGUACAAAAGAUGAGAUCAUGGAGGGUGAUUCACUGACUCUUACCUGCAGAGCUGACACGCCAUCAUCAAGACACCGCUGGUGCAAGAAGACCAGAACUUCAGACUGUGAGGUCAUGAGUUAUGGAGAAAAUCUGGUCUUCAGCUCCAUCCGGUCUUCAGAUUCAGCGGCAUAUUGUUGUGUCGUGGAGAAUAAUCCGGGGCAGAAGAUGUCGCAACCUUUCAUAAUUGAUGUAAAAUAUGCUCCAAAGUACUCUUAUUUGUGGGUGGAUCCAUUAAACGUCAUCAAGGAGGGAAAGCAUGUGAAACUUACCUGCAUCAGUGACGCCAACCCAGCUGCUAGCUUCACCUGGUACAAGGGCAUAACUAAGCUCAGGUCUUCAAAAGGAAAUUACGUUUUCAACUCCAUACGCCCCCAAGAUUCUGGGAGGUUCUACUGCAAGGCCCACAAUAAAUAUGGAGACAUCACCUCUAACCAGGUGUUCAUAGACGUUCAAUAUGCUCCAAAGUCCUGUUAUUUGUCGGUGGAUCCAACAAAGGAAAUCAAGGAGGGAAAUCAAGUGAAACUUACCUGUAGCAGUGACGCUAACCCAGCUGCUAGCUUCACCUGGUACAAGGGCCAAACUAGGCUCAGGUCUUCAGAAAGAAAUUAUGUUUUCAACUCCAUACGCCCCCAAGAUUCUGGGAGCUUCUACUGCAAGGCCCACAAUAAAUAUGGAGACACCACCUCUAACCAGGUGGACAUAGACGUUCAAUAUGUUCCUCGCCUUCCAAGCAUCUCAGCAAUACCCUCCUCCAACGUCAGUAUGGGUUCUUCGGUCAGUUUGACAUGUAGCAGUGAAGCUAACCCUGCCGCUAGCUUCUUUUGGUUCAAGGACAACGAGGAGUCUCUUAAGUCUACGGAAGCCGUGUUAAACAUAAUCAACUUCCAACUACACAACGAGGGCGCAUAUCACUGUGAGGCCCGAAACUUCAGGGGAAGCCGGAGGGCCACACUCCUGCUUCAAGCAGACAAUCUUAGGUCAUGGUCACCGGGUGCUCUCACAGCGGUGGCUGUGCGUUGCGCCACAGUUGGCAUCGUGCUCAUCCUGCUUUCAGUCACUGUCCUGCUGUUCUGGAAAAACACUACGUCGAAAGGCAGGAUGCACUUAUCUCAGCCAAUCACGAGUGAAGACAGCAGCAGGGAUCAACUGGAGGAGCUGGUGGCAUUCUCCGAUCCCUCUCCAAUCCACGCCAAUGUCACCAAUGACAAAACGGACCAGGAUGAGAAUGAAUACGAAAGUGUGGUGGACACAGUCAUCAAAUGUGGUGGCGAAGCCUCAGGAUGAGUUCUGCAUCCUUCUUUUUCCACCUCUUUAAACAUAAUUUAAAUGACUCUUAUUUGCCCAGAGCGGGGGUCAGCAACCCAUGUUUUGAGAGCCGCAUGCGGCUCUUUAGCACUGCCCUAGUGGCUCCCUGGAGCAUUUUCAAAAAUGUUUGAAAAUUGACAAAGAUGGCUGAGGAUAAAAUAUUUUUCUGUUUUGAUAUGGUUUCUGUAGGAGGUCAAAAACGACCCAAACAUUCUUAACAUUUUCCAAUGCUGUAAAAAUGUGGUAAAAUAAUUUUCACUGUAUGUACUAAAAUUCUAUUAUUGUUUUUCAUUUUAAAUCAUUUUAAGGCAAAAUGGUUCUAAAAUGGCUUUAUGUCUGUUAAGUUUCGGCUUUUUCUUUCCUGGAUGUUUUUUACUUUUUUUUUUUUGUACUCAAAUGCAAUUACAGUAAAUGCAUUUUUACGGCGCUACCUAUAUGAAUAUGUGUGUAUUACUUGAUCCAGCCUUCUACAAAAUUCUUUUCAAAUAAGUAUCUUUUUGGGACAUAUAUUUUUUAUGAUUAUAUGUGAUUAAAUAAAUAAACCAUAAUGAAGUCUCAAAUUAAGUUGCUUUAUCUACCCCAUUUCCCCCCAGGUUUUCCACAAACAUUUAACCAUGCAAAGAUGUGUGAUUGGUAGCCUGUUUAAGUACUCAAUAAUAAAAAUG